UAUCUUUAUCCCACUCAUCUAGUUUGAUAGUAACAAUAAGCUCUGUUUGUCUGCAAAGACCUCCCAGAAGUAAAAAUCCUCACUUCUGUGGAUCAAAAGCAUACGACAUCAAAGACCCACGACUGAAGUGCUGCGCAGGGAUACUGCACAACCUCACAAAUGGACAUGAGGCGCAGUGCUGUGGAUCCAUUCUCCGAAAGGCAACGAACGUUUGCUGUUUGAGUGAGCACAUGGAGGUGCUCUACUCUGCCAAGACGGGAUUUGAAUGCUGUGGUCACCUCUACUACAACUCCUCCCUGUGGUCAUGCUGCGCAGGAACGCUGAGACCUGUGCCUCAACCAGGAAAGUAUCUGAGUGAGAACAUUACUAAAGAAUCCAUACUUCUGUCUUUGGGCAAUCUGAAAAAGACGGAUCUUUGUACCAAACUGCAAGUCGGGAUUGUGGAAAGUGUCUUCCUGCCUUCUAUUGUAUUCAACAGCGUGGUUGAAAUCCACGGAUGGAAUGCCAGUGUGACACCACUGCCCUCGCCUCACAUCCUCAAAACAGCAACUGACUCCUGCAGCAACCCAAAACUGGUCCCUGGGAAGAGCUACUUCUUUGAUAAAGUUAAAGGUCAUGUCUUUAUCGAUUUUAACCAUGACUCUAUUCUCCAGUCCAUCUAUUUUAUUAUUUCCAAGUGCUAUGGGAAUAUAUAGGCAUAUAGGCUUUAUGUUUAGGGUCGGACGAUUUACUUGUUCAUUACUUAACGUAACAUUACAAAACAUAACAUGCAGCUAACCUAUGAUUGUUGAGUUCAGGAUUAACUCCAUUAACCACCAAAAAAAAACAACUGUUGAGUUAUCAAUAUUCAUUGUCUCUGAGCAGAGGACAGCCAUUAUCUCUCACCUCCAGCCUGUUGACCAAGUCCACAUAUUACAGUUUGUUAACUUAAAAUGACAUGAAAUAAAAUGACUCUCCAAAAUUUUGAAGCAGCAGAGCAUCAAAAGAAUUAUUAUCUACUAUGUCCAUGAAGUUUAUGACAGGAUGAUGUAAUUCUUUUGCAUAACUCAGGUUGACUACAUGUUCAGUAUUCACCAAAACAUGGUGCAUGGUGACACACUCAUCUUAUCACUGGGAACUAUACUUUUUAAAGAUUCAUGUUUUGAGUAAAAGCUGUGCAAAAUGCGUUUGUUUUUGGAAAAUUAUGCUCUAUUUUUAUGUCUAAAUUUGCACAAAACUACAUUGUUAGUGACACCUGUUUGCACUCAAGUCACUCAUAAAAAUGUAUGUUUGAAUGUAUAUGACAGAAUUUUUCACGUCAUUAUCUAUACAGCUAGUAAUUACUAAUUAGUAUCAGGGAGUCACAUUUGCUAAACAAAGCUGAAAGUCCAAUCCCUUAGAUUGAGCUGUGGUGCAUUGAAUAUUAGAUUUCUUAAUAAUAAUAUUUCUC